AGACAAGUUUCUUAGAUAGACUGAGAGUCACUUUUGUCAUGGUAUCGACCAUGAAAGUCACCUUUCUGAUUCUAGUUCUCUGGUCUUUUGCUUUCCACAUCGAAGCAAGGUGCGGUCUGGUUAACUGUAUUUGCUCAACUAACGAGUAUUUGCAGAAGACUAUGACUUGUCGCAAUAUAUCGUCAAUACCAGAUAAUAUACCUACAGACAUUCAAAAAUUGGACGUUGCUGAAAACUCAAUUGAAAACAUCACUAGUGAAAAAUUCGAAAAUUUAACGGCGUUAUCAAUUCUGACGUUAUCACGCAACCAAAUCAGACACAUUUAUCCUGGAACUUUUAAAAGCUUGACAGCUGUUACGAAUUURUAA